AUGGAGCUCCUCAUUGGUACAUCUGCCUGGAGCUUCUCAGCAGACCAUCUACUCUUCUACAGAGACCCAGCAGGUCUCUCUGUGUUGAGCGUUGACAUGCGUGUGGCGGAGAACAGAAAAGACCAUUACACGGACAAUUUCAAGAGUUCCAGUCUCAUUGUGCGCAGGAAUAAAGAGUUCACCAUCAGCAUCAAACUAGACCGGGCCUUCAGUGCAGAGCAGGAUGAUGUGCAGCUGGAGUUCCUGAUUGGCAGUUCACCUAAUGAUAACAAGGGCACCUACAUCACUGUGUCCAUUGGAAAAGGGAAACAUAACAGGCACUGGAAGGGUCGUGUGGUGGAAAUACAAGGCAAUGAAGUGACAGUGGGCAUAACACCUAACGCCAGCUGCAUCAUUGGCCGAUUCCGCACCUUUGUAGCAAUAGUGACUGAUUUUGGAAGACAGCGCACUCAGAGGAACCAAGACACUGAUUUCUAUGUGCUGUUCAAUCCUUGGGACCCUGCGGAUCAAGUGUACAUGGACAAAGAGGAAGACAGACAGGAGUAUGUGAUGAAUGAUGUGGGGAUCAUCUACAAUGGAGAAUACAACAACAUAUCCUCCCGUUCAUGGAACUUUGGGCAGUUUGAAGAGGGGGUUCUGGAUGCCUGUCUUAUGGUAAUGGAUGCUGGGAAAGUACCGCUACUGUUCCGUGGAAAUGCCACUGAAGUAGUUCGGCAAGGAUCAGCUCUGCUGAACGCCCAAGACGAUAAAGGUGUCAUGGUUGGCAACUGGAGUGGUGAUUACUCCUCUGGCACAGCACCCACUGCCUGGACUGGAAGUCCUGAAAUCCUGCUCAAAUAUGCCAGUGAGGGUUGUGAGCCUGUGUCCUUUGUGCAGUGCUGGGUGUUUGCCGGUGUGAUGAACACUUUUACGCGUUGUCUUGGGAUCCCUGCACGGGUCAUCACCAAUUUCUUCUCUGCUCAUGACAACACGGGCAACGUGAAGACAGACAUUGUGCUGGACAAAGAUGGGAAAAUUGACCGAAGCCGAACAAAAGAUUCAGUCUGGAACUACCACUGCUGGAAUGAGGUGUACAUGAAGAGGCCUGAUCUGCCUGAAAACUUCUCUGGCUGGCAGGUGGUCGACUGCACCCCUCAGGAGACCAGUGAUGGUCUUUAUCGAUGUGGCCCAACGUCUGUCAAUGCCAUCAAAGAGGGAGAGCUCAGCUAUCCGUUCGAUGCAAAGUUCGUCUUUGCAGAGAUAAACAGUGAUCUGAUAUAUCAUAAGGCUGAUAAGCUUGGAAACAUGAAGAUUAUCUAUGUAGACACUGCGUAUGUGGGAAAGCUCAUUUUGACUAAAAAGAAGGACAGUAGCAGAUAUGAGGACAUCACGUCUAACUAUAAAUACCCAGAAGGAAGUCUCAAGGAGAGAGAGGCCAUGCAGAUGGCAGAGCGUCGUGGAGUUUCUUCCAGGGACUACUUGCCACUCGCUGAAGCAGGUGUGACCAUCGAGCUCCAGGCUGACACCAUCAAAAUGGGUGAAAACCUCAAGCUGACUCUGAACAUUAAGAACCAGACCAGCCAAACCUGCAUCAUCAGCGCCAUCAUCACUGGCUGUGUGGCGUAUUACACAGGCGUCACUAGCACAACUUUUAAGUUCGAAAACAAAUCUGCAACCGUGGAAGCCUCGACAACUGAGUCCCUGACAAUAGAUGUCAAAGCUUUGGAGUACAUGCCCUACCUUGUGGAACAGUCCAACCUGCUCUUCGUGGUGUAUGGGCAAGUUGAGGAAAGUGAGACUUCCCUUUCCACGAUGAGAGUUGUCAAUCUUCAUCCUCCUGAACUCACAAUAAAGAUGACUGGAUCUCCCAUGGUUGGCAAGGAACUCAUGGUCAGUGUGGAAUUCCUGAAUCCCUAUAAUUUCAUCCUGCAAAAGGUUAAUCUCCGCAUUGAUGGACCUGGUCUGAUACUGACCAAAUUGAAAUAUUACAGCCAGAUAUUACCUGGUGCCUCGGUGAAAUAUAAAGUGUUGCUGAUCCCUCGAUUUCUGGGGAAGAAGGUGCUGAUGGCGUGUCUAGACUGCCCUCUACUGAGACAGGUCACCAAUCAGCUGGAAUUUGAAGUAGUGAAAGAUGAAAAUAGGAAUGACCUAAAAGAGUGACACAGGGAACAGGAUAGAGAAAAGACAGUGAAAGAGGAACGGAAGAGAAAACUCAA